AGCGCCGUGGUCAUAGAAACGCAGCCGUGCCGGAAAGCAGAACUACAACUCCCAGCUGCCCCCAGCGCUUCUGGUCCGCAAAAUGGUGUCCCGCAAGAGGAAAUCAAAAGCGUGCGGCCACGAGGGGAAUAUACCGAGCCCACCGGGCUAUUCAGCUGUUCCAGUCAAGUUCUCAGAAAAGCAGCAGGCGUCUCAUUACCUCUACGUGAGACAGCACAGAGUUCGCGAAGGCACCCAGUCCACGUGGCCUCCCAAUCGCACCCUUUUUAUCCUCAAUGUGCCCCCUUACUGCACAGAGGAGAGCCUGUCUCGAUCUCUGUCCUCCUGUGGCUCCAUCAAGACAGUAGAGCUACAGGAGAAGCCUGACCCUUCAGAGAGCCCUAAGGAGCCGAAGUCCAAGUUUUUUCAGCCAAAGCCUGUGCCGGGCUUCCAGGUAGCGUAUGUGGUGUUCCAGAGGCCAAGUGGAGUGUCAGCUGCCUUGAACCUCAAGGGCCCAUUGCUGGUUUCUACAGAGAGCCACCCUGUGAAGAGCGGGAUUCAUAAGUGGAUCAGUGACUAUGAAGAGUCAGUGCUCGACCCCGAGGCCCUGAGGGUCGAAGUAGACACAUUCAUGGAGGCCUAUGACAAGAAGAUAGCUGAGGAGGAGACUAAAGCCAAGGAGGAGGAGGGGGUCCCUGAUGAGGAGGGCUGGGUGAAGGUGACUCGCAGGGGCCGCAGGCCUGUGCUUCCUCGGACGGAAGCGGCCAGCCUACGCGUUCUGGAGAAGGAGAAACGGAAGCGUGCCCGCAAGGAGCUGCUCAACUUCUAUGCCUGGCAGCACCGAGAGACCAAGAUGGAGCACCUGGCGCAGCUAAGGAAGAAGUUUGAGGAGGACAAGCAGAGGAUCGAGCUGAUGCGUGCCCAGCGCAAGUUCCGACCCUACUAAGCUGCUCGGACUGCAAGAGCACAAAGACCAGCAGGCCUGUUCCCUGAGGAACCAUGUUCCAGGGAGCCAGUAGCAGCCAAGGAGCCGCUGUGCCCCAGAGCUCCAUCUCUGCACCCAC